GAUCUCGGUUUCCCCUGAUCUCGGUUUCUCACAACAUUCCCCCAAGGCUUGUUCAAAAGUGUGCUGUAAGUCAUGGCUUGAAAAGCUAUGCUUCUGCUGCACGUAAUAAUUAAAUUAAAUUACAAUUUUGCAAUAUUUUCAACACGUUUUAGUGGGCCUGGAAUCCAGACCGGAUUCUAGGGGAAUUGUUGCGUGGUUGGGUGUGAACGGUCCUUGAGAGAGAGAGCGCAGUCUGUCCAGCGAGUGAGAGAACUUGGCCUGUGAUGAUAUUUAGCCUCUCGGAACGAUCUGCUGCUGAUUCCGAACCACAACACAAAAAGUGCCCAAAAAAACGGAAGGACAGCUCUCUUCCUCUCCAGUUGCUGCAACUAAAGAAGUAGGACAGAAUCAAUACGUUGUAAUUAAAUUGUGCUCUUACGUCUCUAAAAUCGGCUAGUAAUAACCCUUGAGGCACUAGGAAUAGCUCGUAAUAUGGUUGACGAGCAAAUUCAUUAAUCCAGCGAAUUCAUCAAAUGUGGGUCACAAGGGUUAGACAUUCAUGUCACUCUACAAAAGACGUGUAAUAAAAGGACGAAUUGAGAUUAUUAAUUGUUGCAAGAUUAGUGCAGUUUUCCAACUUGGUGUCGCCAUCAAUUAGUGAUAUCAAUCAAAAUGUGGAGGUGGGUGGUACAAGAAGUCAAGUUAAAGCGUUGUUAUUGUUGACCCUUGAGCGUGAAAGGUUGAAGGUAGUGUAGUGAAUUAGUGUAAUGAAAGUGGUAUUAAACUCCCAAAGGAAGAAGAAUGACAUGAUUGGAAGUUAGCGACUCAACAAUUGUGCCGUGUUUUUUUUCAAAGUUUGGAGUGAAAACUUUGAUUCCACAGAAAAAUUAUUCAUUAACCACUACCGUCCCUUAUACCAAACUGAUUCAAUUUUCUCUAGUGAAAGUGUUUAAUAAAUUGUGUUGUGAAUGAGUAUUGCGAUGUGGUGGUGGUGAUGAACCAAUUGCAUUGGUCCGCCGGCGGAGAAGGCGCAAUCGCGCAUCUUCACUUUGGGUCUGCAAGGAUGGAAAAUUUUAGUGCGAUGGAUCCACGUAAACAGGAGCUACUGGAAGCACGCUUGCUUGGGAGCAGGAUGUCAUCCGGAGGACCUCAAGUACAGAUGACACCAAACCAAUCAGGUCAUCCACUUGGUUCGUCCGGUCACAAUAACGGAGCACCUCCUCAUCCACUGCCUCUAACAAGUGUUGUGACAACUGGAAACACCAGCGUGAUCACCUCAUCAGUAGGUCAUUCUGCCAUUACGAAUCCUCCUGGUGGCGGAAACACCAGUGGCAAUGUUGGUUCUGCUGCUCUGGGUUCGACAAAUGUAGGAACAAACAACGGAGUGAUUGACAGGAUGCACGGCGGUGGUGGUGGCUCCAACAGUUUGGAUAGAUUGGCAGCCUCUUGUGUCGUCCCUCAGACCAAUACUUCAGGGUCGAAUCCAGGACAAUUUAACAGUGGUGGUCCGCUUCUGCAUCCCCCAAUGUUGUCAUUACCAAAUUGUCAAAAUCAAAUUUCAAUCCAUCAUACCUCAAAUAGUGUUAUUUCUACAAAUAUUACAAAUGCGUCCGGACAAGGACCUGGACCUGGUCAGGCUUCUGGUGUCACGGGUCCAAAUCAAGACUCCAAUACGAGCGCUGGCUCGUCUCACAGUGAUAAAGAAGUAGAUACUCCUGCGCCUGAAAAGCAAAUACCGAAAGUACCUGCUCCUGAAAGGAAGAGAAAAAGAAAGGCUGAUGAUACAAUUUCGUUGGCAAAGUCCGGCGAAAAUUCAAGUGGGGCGACUCCGACGUCAUCUUCAAAAUCCUCAAAGAAAAUUAACGAUUACUUUGCUUCCAAAGCCCCGAGUGGAAGUCCCAUACGCAACUCCUCCCAAGGGGCAAAAAGUCCUUCUCCUCACCAAAAUAUUAAAUCAAACUUUCCUGCUAGUCCGCAAAACUUGAGUGGCUCAACAGUGAAUGUCACUACAGCUCAAGGGUCCUCAGAGUACAACACCAACUUAAUGCACCACCCGCGCUUGUCAAUGCCCUUGUCGGUCACAGCAUCAACCCCCGGGGGAAAUGUGAGCGGCAAUCUGUCUGGUAUUAGUGGUGGAAAUGUGGCUGGGAGUCACCCUAGUUCUACGCCUGGUGGAGUAGUUGCCGUGCACAAAGCCAUCCAGACUGAUCUAACGGGCGUAAGACUGGCAGAGAACGAGGCCCAAGCUUUGACAGACGUUGAGUCUAGAAAUACUCGCAUUGAUGAGCUGAAUAGAUCCAGUGAAGAACUACGACAUCAAAUGGCUGCUCAACAACGAGUGCUCGAACAACACAAAGCUCACAAUUUAAAGUGCAUAGAAGUGAUCAAAAAGUUAUUGAUUGAAAAGUCGUCAAUUGAUAGAAAAGAUUCAAGGCAGCGGUGCAUGCAAAACAGACUGAAACUGGGCCAAUUCGUUACCCAACGGGUUGGAGCAUCAUUCCAAGAAAAUUGGACGGAUGGUUACGCUUUCCAAGAGUUGACGAGGAGGCAGGAAGAGAUCUCGACUGAAAAAGAUGACAUCGAUCGUCAGCGGAAAUUAUUAGGAAAACGAAGGCCCCAAAUAGUCGAUGGCCAGGGGGGAUCAGCAAGAAAGGGGAGAGGAAAUAGCGCUCACAACGGUUCUUCUGAUGGAUUUGUAAAGCCUGGUGAAACGAAGGAACGCGAGCUUACAUGGCAAGAGUUUUAUGAAUCUGAUGAAAUUUUUAAGUUAAGACAAAACGCAUUGAAAAAGGAAGAUGCGGAUCUGCAGCUUGAAAUGGAAAAGUUGGAACGCGAAAGAAAUUUGCACAUUCGCGAACUCAAACGAAUUCUUAACGAAGAUCAAUCAAGGUUUACUAAUCAAUCGGUGCUUAAUGAUCGCUAUUUACUUCUCAUGUUGCUCGGCAAAGGGGGUUUCUCAGAAGUUCACAAGGCGUUUGAUUUGAAAGAGCAGCGUUACGUUGCAUGCAAAAUUCAUCAGUUAAACAAAGAUUGGAAAGAUGAUAAGAAAGCAAAUUAUAUCAAGCAUGCACUAAGGGAGUACAACAUUCAUAAGACUCUGGAUCAUCCUAGAAUUGUUAAGUUAUUUGAUGUGUUCGAAAUUGACGCCAACUCAUUCUGUACGGUUUUGGAGUAUUGCGAUGGACAUGACCUAGAUUUUUAUCUUAAGCAACAUAAAACAAUCCCAGAAAGAGAGGCAAGGUCAAUCAUCAUGCAGGUUGUCUCUGCCUUGAAAUAUCUCAACGAAAUCAAACCUCCAAUCAUUCAUUACGACCUAAAACCUGGCAAUAUUUUGCUGACUGAAGGUAACGUAUGUGGAGAAAUUAAAAUAACCGAUUUUGGGUUAAGUAAAGUCAUGGACGAGGAUAAUUACAACCCGGAGCACGGAAUGGACUUGACAUCGCAAGGGGCAGGAACCUACUGGUACCUCCCUCCAGAAUGCUUUGUCGUUGGAAAAUCUCCACCCAAAAUUUCAUCCAAAGUCGACGUUUGGAGCGUCGGUGUUAUUUUUUAUCAGUGCCUCUAUGGGAAAAAGCCAUUUGGCCACAAUCAAUCUCAAGCAACCAUAUUAGAGGAAAAUACAAUUCUAAAAGCUACAGAAGUACAGUUUCCUAAUAAACCCACAGUUUCAUCUGAAGCUAAGCAAAUCAUACGUCAGUGUUUAGCAUAUCGGAAGGAGGAUAGACUGGAUGUCAUUCAGCUUGCUAGGACUGAAUACCUUCAACCACCAAUUCCUAAACACAUGAGGAAUGCUGCGGCUGCGGCGUCUCAGCAGUCAUCCUCUUCGUCAUCACACUCUCACAACCAACAGCAACCCACAACACCCACAGGGAACAACCCCGGUUUCCCCCAAACUCUCUUUUCUGGAAUGAAUGCAUCCAGUUCGUCCUAGAACAACCUUAAAUUUAGAGUCUUCUGCUGCUAAACGAUGAUGACGGCUGACGCUGAUCUUUCCUGGAUGGCCUACAUACGUUUCGUCAUUCACCACCCAUCUCCUUUCAAAACUUAUUGCAUAAUUACAGAGAAACUUAUUACAGAAUUCAUUACGUUUACUAUAGCUAUAUACUUGUACUCCUGAGCUAAAAAUUAUAAAACUUCCUUUACCAAUUAAUAAUUUUAAGGAGGAUACACGAUGCAUCAGUACCAGUAGUAAAUGAGGCCAAUGUUUUACGUCUUUUCAAUCUUAUCCAAACAAUGGAAAUUCAGAUAUAUUUUGUUAGGCACCUCCUUUGUUUACCGUAAUUUCAUUCUUAUGUUUUAUUACUCGUUUUGUUAUGUGCUAUCUAAAACACAGUUUGUUUCUUAUUUAUAUACGUAGCGUAGGAUUUUUGUAGUUCAAGGGAACGGAAUGUUGGCAAUUCUGAGAAUUUUUUUUAGUUUUAGUGAUUAUUGGAAGUCAUAAUUCUACUAUUUUAUCCAAAUUCCUUUGUUUUUGUCAUCCUGGUGAAUGACUGCCCGGGUUGUUUGUCUUCGGACUUUUUUUAACCUUGUUUUUGAUCUAAUUAUUUUGUGACAGUAGUAGCCUCCAUUGCCUAGAGUUAGAGUUACAAUACGUGAUGGCAAUAUGUCGUUGUCUGGGUUUAAGAUGCAGCGCAGCCGUUAUUAGUAUUCAAAUCCUGUUAUUUGUUAGGUGUCUAUUAUUACAGAGCAUAGAGGCUGACUGAGUACGCCGAACGCAACUUUAAGUACGUAACAAAAUGUUACAUAUAUAAGAUAAAGAGUAUGUAAGUAGAAGAAAUUUGUAAAUUCGCAUUAUUUAUAGAGUUAAUAAGAGAAAGACCUUGUGAUUUUAUUGUUUAUCGCAAAAAAUGAAUACGAAGUAAUAAUAAUAAUAAUUACUUACUAUUAUUAUACACUUUCUAAUAAUAUAGUGUAUAAUAAUAAUAAGUAACUUCGUUAGAGAACACUGAAACGAAGAACUAUUAUAUAUGCCACAUUACAUUAUAUUAUUAUCAAAAUAUAGACCACGGUGAUGUAAAUAGAAAAAAAAGAACGCGAAGAAGCAUUGCAUGAGUAUUGUAUCUGCUGCUACUGCUGUUACAUAAUUACUAAUAUUAUUUAUUCCAGACACCAGUAAUUGUGUAAAGAUAAAAAAACUAAAUCUAAUCCGUGUACAAGAACUGUCGGGAGUUGAAUCGAUAGUCAUUAAAGUCAAACGGAAAUGAAAUAAUUCAUGUAUAACAGAGUGACAAGACGCCAAUAUUAAAAAAAACGUUACUCGAAAA